UGAAUCCAACUUUAUUGUCACCGGAAGUGUGUGAGGGAAACGGCACACACGUGUUUUCGUGCAGGUUUGAAGGUUACAGAAGCAGCGGGUACUGCUCCUUGCUUGCUGUCCGGAGGAGAGGCUCAGCGGGACGGCGUGUUUGUGGUUCGAGACCCGGUGUGAGCAGAACUGAAGCGGAGCCAUGGAUCCUGUGAAGGCGCAGCAGCUGGCGGCGGAGCUGGAGGUGGAGAUGAUGGCUGACAUGUACAACCGAAUGACUAAUGCCUGCCACAGGAAGUGCGUACCGCCACAUUAUAAGGAGGCAGAGCUGACCAAGGGUGAGUCGGUCUGCCUGGACCGCUGCGUGGCCAAAUAUCUGGACCUUCACGAGCGGCUAGGACGCAAGCUGACGGAGCUCUCAGUCCAGGACGAGGAAAUGAUGAGGAAGGCGGCUGUGGGGAGCGGAUAGACGUGGAUGAAGAAAACAAAGUGGAGAAUGAUGUGGGAUCAAAAGGUCAUGGGGAUGGGGUUAGCAUGUGUGGCUUCAAACAAUGAGAGACUUGUAUUUUAAUUAAAGGGUGGGAAAUAAAAAAAAAAAGUGUGGAGUUAAUGCUGUCGAGGGCCCGCUGAGAGAAACUGCCUCUUCCUCAGAAACUUGGUGGAUCAGCAGCAUAAGGACAUGUUGAAACUACUCACAGUGGACCAGACACUCUGGAUCUUUUCCACUUUCUGUACGUUGAGCCUGGACUCUCGAAGUCACCUGAAAAUCUGACUGAAAAGGAGAAAGGCCUCUGACGCGUAACACCAGAAAGCUAGAAACCAGAAAUGUGACAGGUCCAGACAAAUGCAAAGAAUGAUUCAACUUUAAUCUUUAUCUCAAUUCACCCUUUGAACUGGGGUCAGAUUUUUCUUGUUUGGUUUUGGAAGGCACUGAAAGUAAAUAUAGACUCUUUGCAAAGCUGCAGUUCAACCCGUGGAACUAGUUUAUUUACAGUUGUCUGUCAUGCAGACAUGUCAGUCCUGUGCAACACCUCAGAAACAGCGAAUCAUGGGUCAGGGCAUGCACAGAAUUCAUUAUGGGCUGAGCCAAAAUGUCUUUUUUGUACUAUUCAUAGUUUACUCUUUUGACCCUGGUUGGUUCUUUGUCUUUAACAGCUCAGAUAAAAAAAACAAAAAACCAAUGCCUGAACUUUGCUCAUUUUGUCAUGCUUGUGUAGACUGUUGUGCUGUGUGUCAGUGGACCAUGUUUUAGUGUGCGUGUCUCUUUUUCUUCAUGUUUAAACCACAGUGACACAGCUUUUCAUCUGCACUGCAGAGAAGCUGCACAGUGUGCUGUUAACUCUAAUAAAGCGCUGUCAUCGUGCAGCCUAGCUUCA